AUGGAUUCUGCGCCACUCGCCGUCGCGAUCCGGGAGCACGUCCCGGGCCCGAGGCCCCCGCCGCGGCCGUCCGGGGGGCGGUCCCUCUUCGCGCAGGCCGUGGCCGCCGGGGCCGGACAGACCGGGAGGCCCUUCGCCCUCGGGCAGCCCCCGCCGCGCGCCCCGGCCCCAGCGCCGCCCCGGGGCCCCCCACCGCCCCCCGCCGCAGAGGACCCGGGCGGGCCCCUCCUCGGGUACGGGGGCGCCGCAGACCCGGAGGCCGUCCCGUUCUGCAGCGCGGCGGACAUCGGGCUCCUCUGCCGGUCGACGAACCCCGCCCAGCGCGAGUACGGGCUCCGGAUGCUCGCGAACGCCGUCGCGCUCCGGCGCGUCCGGGACGGCGGCGCCCCCGACCCCGUCCUCGAGGCCCUGCUCUGCCUCCCCGCCGACCCGCACGCGUGCCCCUCGUCUGCCGGCCACCUCCUCCUCCUGGGCCUGCGGGACGCCCUGGAGUCCGGGAGCCCCGGCCUCCUCGACGCCGCCCUCUCCGGCCUCGCCACGGUCUUCGUCGCCGACGAGGGCUUCCUCAGCGAGACCGUCCACGUCGGGGCCGCGCUGCUCGGGCUGACGUCCAGCUCGGUCGCCUUCCCCCUCGGCUCCCUGCUGCGGCGGCUCGUCGAGCACGGGCUCCCGGGGCUCCUGGGCCAGGCCCUCGACGCCGCCGCGCGCGCAGACGAGCGGCGCCGGGAGCGGCUCGCCCACAGCGCGUACCUGCUGGCCGAGCGCGUGCUCAUCGGCUGCUGCCCCGCAGACGAGCCCCCGGAGACCGCCGCCGGCCUGCGGGCCCUCGCGGAGCGGCUCCUCGCGGCGCUCCUGGGCGAGCUCGCCGGGCUGGCGGAGACGGGGGCCUUCCUGACGACCGCCUCCCGCGUCGCCCUCCGGACGCUCUGCUACGACCACGUCCUCGACGGCCACGCGCUCGGCCGGGACGCCGUCGCCCUCCUCGUCGAGUCCCUCGAGGCGUUCGUCGGGGCGCUCCCCGGCCAGGACGAGGCGGUCCGCACAGAGCUCCUCUCGGCCGCCACGCUCCACUACCUCCUCGUCGCCCGGGUCCUGCGGGGGAGCCCCGAGCUCUGCGCCCUGCACGCGGCCGUCUCUGCGACGUGCGCCGCCGCCCUGGAGCGCCACGCCCCGGCCGCCCCCGCGGAGCUCAGCGCGCUCCUCGUCCUGCUCCGGAUCCUCCGGGCCCGGGCCGCCGUCCCCCGCGCGCGCCUGGGGCUCUCGGAGGCAUGCUUCCGGCGGCUGGUCGACUGGCGGGCCCCGCCCGAGGCCGGGGGCUUCGCGCUGCCCCAGGGGCCCUCCGCGGCGUUCGCCCCGUUCUACGCCCUCGCGGCCGUCCAGUGGCGCGGCCCGGGCGAGUGGGGCGCGGCGGAGGCCUGGGUCGGCUGCGUGAUGGACGUCCUCGCCAGCGGGCCCCCGGUCGCGCGCUGGGCGCCCCCGGCCGUCGACGCCCACCGGCGGGCAGGCGUGCUCCCGUGCGCGGUGACCGACGCAGGGGUCGCCCUCGCGCUCCUCGUCGCGGCCCUGGCGGCCGUCUGGGGCCCCGGGCUCCCGUUUGCCGCCGGCCUCGCCGAGCGGGUCGGGGAGCGCCUGGCAGGGCUCCCGGCCGAGUUCCGGUUCGUCGUCGCGUUCCCGCUCGCCCGGCUCCUCCCCCCGCUGCCCGCUAUCGAGUGCGGGCUCUACCCGAACGCGGCGCUCCUCGGGGCGCUCCGGGCCGUCACGGGCCACCCGGGCUACGACCCCGCGGCAGAGGCGCUUGCGCACGUCGACGCCCGCUGCCCGUGCCCCGCGCUCGCGGCCCUCCACGCGGCGUGCGUGCUCGCCUCGGACGGGAUGCGGCGCGACGGGGCGUGGCGGCUCGCGGUCCUCCGGCUCGCGCUGCAGCGCCUGGCCGGGCUGGAGACCGCAGGGGCCGCCCGGGGCCGCGUCCUCGCGUACGGGCUCCUCUGCGUCCUCGACACGCUGACGGGCGUCUGUCGCCUCCCCCCGGACGCCGCGGCCCUCCUCGCGGAGACGCUCGCCGGGGUCCUCCGCCUCGCCCGCGCAGGCCCCGCCCCCGCCGCCGAGCUCCUCUACGCAGCGCCCGCCGGGGGGCUCCGGACGCUCGACGCCGCCGCCGGCGCGUUUGUCGAGGGCCUCCACGGGGGCGCGGCGGUGCUCCCCGAGGCCCCGCUCGUCUACCUCGCGCUCCUCCACCCGCAGCUCGUCCCGGACCCCCGCCGCCGGGCAGAGCUCUGGUCCGGGCUCGCGCUCCUGCGGCUCGACUUCGCGGCGCUCGACGGGGGCCUCCUCGCGGGGCUCUGCGAAGACGACCCCGCGCCCGUCCUCGCGUGCCUCGCGUGCUACGAGCGCCGCGCAGAGACCGCCCUGUCGCGCCGCGUCCUCGCCCGGUACGCAGAGGCCCACCGGGGGCAGAGGCCCGACCGGGUCGUCGUCGCGGCCGUCGAGGAGGCCCUCCGACCAGCGGGCUAG